AUGGUCCUCAUCUUUCUAACUGUUCUUUGUUUGGUUUCAUCUGUUCUGGCAAUAGGCCAACAAGCCAUCAUAUCGUUUACGGGAGGGGCCUUGCAACUAGCAGGAGGCUCAUCGGUGGCAUAUCUGUUUCUCAGCAGCGCAGACUUCCCAGGCGUCAUUAGAGCAGGCCAAGACCUCUCAGCAGACUUUGACCAGACAUCUACCGACCAAUCGCCAUCGGCAGGGCCAGUCAUCAUCGCAGGAACGAUUGGAAAGUCAACACUCAUCGAUUCCUUGGUCUCAGCUGGCAAAAUUGACGUUUCGAGCAUCAAAGGACAAUGGGAAGCCUUCGAGACUCAGAUAUUGGCAAAUCCCAUUUCUGGACCGGCCUCUGCUCUGGUGAUUGCUGGAAGUGAUAAAUGGGGCACGAUUUACGGAAUCUAUGACAUCUCAGAGCAAAUCGGUGUCUCACCUUGGUACUGGUUUUCGGACGUCGCCACUGCUCAGCGAACCAAUAUUUACGCCUUGAAUGUACACAAAGUUCAAGGAUCACCGAGCCCAGCACUGACGAACGGGGUGGAGGAGAAAUAUGGGGGCGUUGGAUAUGUCUCUGGUUUCUACACGAGAGUCUUUGAGCUUUUGCUGCGGUUGAGAGCGAACUCUUUGUGGCCGACGAUGUGGGAUAGUAUGUUCGCGAUUGAUGAUUCAAAAAAUCAGCCGCUUGCUGAUAGCUACGGGAUUGUCAUGGGAACCAGCCAUACCGAGCCACUCAUGCGGGCAAAGCCGUAUGAAUCUCAGUACACGAUGGGAAUGCGCGGUUCUGGCGACACGGGGUCUUCGACCCUCAAUGCAACCGCCCUUGAAGACGUCAUUGCUCAGCAGCAGAUAAUCCUCGCUUCAGUCGUCAAUAGCAAUUUCUCGGGAAUGUGGUGUCCAUACAAAGAGGUUGGUUGUUAUUAUCAGAAGGGCAUGAAAGUCCUUGACGAUAUCACAAUACUGUGGCCUGAUGACAAUGUUGGCAAUAUUCAGAGACUCCCAAUCCCGAGUGAACUUAAUCGUUCUGGCGGCGCGGGGAUAUAUCACCAUUUCGACUAUUGGAUCAAUACUAUCUUGCCCCAAAAGACCUGGGAGCAGAUGCAUUUUGCGCAUGCUCGCAAUGAUCGGCAGAUAUGGGUUGUCAAUGUGGGAGAUUUGAAACCUUUGGAACUGCCAAUCAGCCACUUUAUCGAUAUGUACCGAGAAUUUGGCGCCACGGUUGUUAAUGCUACAGCUUCGGUCAUGAACAGAUACGGCAAGUAUGCAAAUAGAAGGAAGUACGAGCUGCUUGAUGCGUCCAUCUAUUCUGUCGUGAACUGCAACGAAGCAGAUACACUUGUUCUCCAUCCAUGCAAAGCUGGUUACAUCUUAUACCAGCUGUACGUCAACACAGCGAAGAACAAUUUAUAUGCCAAACAAAACAGACUGCUUGGAGGGAAAUGGGAUAAUAUGAUGGAUCAAACACAUACUGGUUAUACCAACUGCAUGCCGGCACAAUCAUAUCCCUCCAAAAGUACAACUACCACACCGGGAAUAUUCGUCGACGGAGGCAGCGUGACCGCACUCCCAAUGAUGGAUUCAUACGGACCGGAGACGCGAUGGGUCGAUAUAUAUCCCAAGGGAAACACAACUUCAACCUUCAAAGUGACAUCCGACCCAUGGAUUACCGCAACUCCAUCCUCAGGAGCGCUCACACCACCAGGAGCGAUUUCCGACCAACGAGUCCUGAUCUCUAUCGAUUGGAAAAGCGCACCAGUCGGUGAAUCGACCUCGAAAAUCAAUAUCGAUGCUGGUUGCACAGCAUUCACUGUCUCCUUGCCGCUCCGCAACACGAAUGUCAUAGCCGGUUUCGCAGGCUUCGUCGAAAGCGAGAAGACGAUCAGCAUCGAGCCCGAGCACUGGACAUCCGCUACCUCAUCGUCGGAUGCUCACUACGACAUCAUCCCCGGCUAUGGCCGCACCCUCUCGGGCGCGACGCUCUUCCCCCUAACGUACAAUAUCUUCCUUUUCACUACCACCACAGCAUCGAUAACAGUCCACUUGGCAACCUCCACGAAUACAGACCACUCUCGCCACCUCGCAUACGCUAUUUCCAUCGACGAUGCGAAACCAACGACGGCUCAAUACGUACCGAUCGUUGAUCUGGGGACGAUGCCAAGUCAUUGGAAGACCGCGGUGCAGAAUGUGGGGUAUAAUUACACGACAAAGCAUGCGGUGACUGCGGAAGCACAUGUGCUGAAUCUGUGGGCUGUGGAGCCGGGCGUGGUAUUCCAGAAGAUUGUCGUUGAUUUCGGGGGCGUGAGAACGAGUUAUUUGGGGCCGCCUGCGAGCAUGAGGAUUGGAUUUCGAAAACAAAAAUAG